AUGACUUACAAGAACGUUGUUAUUGUGGGUGCCAGUGGUAGUAUCGGCAAAAUCAUCCUCGAAGGACUGAUCACCGCGGGUGGAUUUGACCUCACUGUCGUUUCCCGCAAAGACAGCUCGGCUACUUUCCCACCUGAUGUGAACGUCUACAAGUCAGACUUCACCGACUCCGACCUCCAGUCUGCUUUCAAAGGCCAGGAUGUCGUCAUCUCCGCCGUUGGAGCCGCUGGGCUUGGAGAGCAGAAGAGACUCGUUGAUGCUGCAAUGAGUGCCGGAGUCAAGCGUUUCCUGCCUUCUGAGUUUUCUUCGAGUAGCCAGGAUGCUGGUGUUCUUCAGCUGCUGCCGCUCUUUGGCCAGAAGUUGGAACUCAUUGAGUACCUGAAGACCAAGCAAUCUGCUACAUUCUCUUGGACGGGUAUUGCUACUUCGCUCUUGUUUGACUGGGGUCUGAGAAAUGGAUUCCUCGAAUACGAUCUCGUGAACAAGACUGCUACCAUAUGGGAUGGUGGGAACAAAAGGUUCACCCUGACCAACGAGAAGGACCUUGGAAAGGCCGUUGCGUCAGUGCUGCAAAACGCUGAGGAGACUGCCAACAAAUAUCUCUUUGUCUCGUCCGUUGAGACCAGCCAAAACGAGAUCUUGGCUGCUUUGGAGCAUGCCACUGGUGCCAAAUGGACUGUCAACAACACGACGACCAAGGAGCAGGUUGAUGCCGCUAUCCAGAAAUUGAGUGCUGGCGACUUCAGUGGUGCUUAUGCUCUGGUUCGAGCAACCAGUUACAGCUGCACGCCUGGCUUGAAGUCGAAUUACGCCACGGAUGAGGAUUUGUCCAACGACCUCCUGGGAUUGAAGCCUACGAGCGUGGCUGAAACUGUCAAGCUUGUGACCGGGUUCGGCAAUUGA